UUUUCCCGGAAAAUCAAUUGCUACCCAGAAAGUCCAAACGAAAACAUUUUUCCUUUCCUUUCUUCCUUUUUCCUCUUGUCUUCUUGCUUUUUCCCAUCCCCAUUUUUUCUUGUUCCCUCUCAUCACUCCUUAAUCUUCUCUCUGAAACAAACAACUAAUCAACAACCAACCAUUUUCGCUCGGAUUCAGCACAUGAGUUCCUCCAAUAAUUUUCUCCAAGUUGUCGCCAAGAACUUUGAUGUUCUUGCUCUGCCUGUAGUCACUCUUGUUUACCCUCUAUAUGCUUCAAUUAAGGCUAUAGAAACCAAAUCUAUAGCCGAUGACCAGCAAUGGCUUACCUAUUGGGUUCUCUACUCUUUAAUCACUCUCUUUGAACUUACAUUUGCCAAAGUCCUUGAAUGGUUUCCCAUUUGGCCUUAUGCUAAGCUGAUUGUGUCGUGCUGGUUGGUGUUGCCGCAUUUCAAUGGCGCAGCGCAUGUUUACAGGCGAUUCAUCAGACCUGUUUAUAUAAACCCACAGGCUAGUCAGAUCUGGUAUGUUCCCAGGAAGAAGAAUAUAUUCAGUAAACCUGAUGAUAUUCUCACUGCUGCUGAGAAAUAUAUUGAAGAACAUGGCACAGAAGAGUUUGAAAGGCUUAUAACCAAGGCUGAUAGAGAAGAAAGAUCAAGGAAUAGCAACAAUUACAUGUUGUUCCAAGAUGACUUUAUAUACUAAAAAUUAUGGUGUCUGUAUAAAUAUGAUACCUGCAAAUGCUAGUAAUGAAUUUUUAUGGACUUGUAUCAUGUUCCUCUCCUCUCAAUUUCUCUGUAAGCCGGUAAUCCAUGUGUGGAAAUGCUGCAAUGGCGUAUUCUUGUUUAUCCAUAA